AGGGCUCCCUGUGACCCUAAUUAUCCAUUUCUCCUUCACACUCAUUUGUUGCUUUCUGCUUGGUACUAAUCAACCCAUCUAAUGUGCCUAGAAAGAAGUCUUCUUCCUGAUCCCAUACGAAAAAAAUAAAUUCCCAUGUUCUUUGCUUUUUCCUCCAUGUCCGAGUUGCUGCAAUUUCUUCUUGUUCUCAAUGGCCAUAAUAUAAUUCGUAUGCAUUAGGCCAGAGAAGGCCUAGUCAACCCGAGGUCUACUCGCCUUUCCGACCUCGAUCCACCUAACAAAUUUUGAAUUUACUUAUUUGAAUUCAACCAUUUUUGGAGAACUCCAAUGGGUUUCGUGGGGUGAAAAGUUUUGUUUAAUCGAUAAAGGCUUAUGUUCAGAGAUGGCUUCAGAGAUUGAGAUUGUUACAGAGGGAGUUUCAGAUACAGUUGCAGAGGUUGGAGGAGAAGAAAGCUUAAGAAAUGAUGUUUAUACGGCUGCUGCGUAUGGUGAUUUGGAGAAAUUGAAGAGAUUGGUUGAGUUUGAAGGGUGUUCAGUUACAGAGCCUGAUGCCCUUGGCUAUUACGCUCUUCAAUGGGCGGCUUUAAACAAUAGGACGGCUGCUGCCCAGUACAUAAUUGGGCAUGGUGGAGAUGUGAAUGCGGCUGAUCAUAUUGCACAAACAGCACUGCAUUGGAGUGCGGUGCGUGGGGCUGUUCAGGUCGCCGAGCUUUUGCUUCAAGAGGGUGCGCGUUUGCAUGCUAUUGAUGUCAAUGGAUAUCAGGCAACCCAUGUUGCAGCUCAAUAUGGCCAGACAGCUUUUCUCUAUCAUAUCGUUAUGAAAUGGAAUGCUGAUGCUGAUAUUCCUGAUAAUGAUGGGAGAAGCCCAUUACACUGGGCUGCAUAUAAAGGCUUUGCUGAUUGUAUCCGUCUGCUUUUAUUCUUGGAUGCUUUUCGGGGCCGGCAAGAUAAAGAAGGAUGUACUCCUCUUCAUUGGGCUGCAAUAAGGGGGAACCUAGAGGCAUGCACAGUGCUGGUACAAGCAGGUAGGAAAGAGGACUUGCUUGCGACAGAUAAUACUGGCUUUACCCCUGCACAACUAGCAUCUGAUAAAGGCCAUCGGCAAGUUGCUUUUUUCCUUGCAAAUGCCAAAAGAGUGUUCGACAAUCGUUGUGACGGGAACGGUCAUCUCGGAAAAGUUUCAAAACUGGGGCUUGCUCCUAUGCUUUGGUGUUCGAUCAUAAUCCUUCUUGCAACCUAUGUUCAUUCAGUCAUUUCAGCUUCAAACUUUCCUAAGUUAACAGCUGCAUUUGGGCUGUUCGCAUGGUUGGGUGUUUUCCUUGCAACUGCUGGCCUGAUAACGUUUUAUAGGUGUAGCAGGAAGGAUCCUGGUUACAUCACUUCAAAUGCUCAUGAUUCUCAAAACCCUAAAGAUGUUGAUGAACAACCCUUGUUGAAAACUGAGCUGAGUAAUCCUGCUUUACUUGCUGGAAAUUGGUCACAACUUUGUUCAACCUGCAAGAUAGUCAGGCCUCUACGCUCAAAACACUGCUCUACAUGCAAUCGCUGUGUCGAACAAUUUGAUCAUCAUUGCCCUUGGGUUUCAAAUUGUAUAGGCAAGAAAAACAAAUGGGAUUUCUUUAUGUUCCUGAUCCUUGAAACUUCUGCAAUGGUGAUAACUGGUGCUGUGACUUUAAUAAGGAUCUUGACGGAUACUGCUGCUCCUCAUUCUUUCGGAGCAUGGAUGAACUAUGCUGCCACUCAUCAUUCUGGGGCAUUAUCAUUUUUGAUAAUGGAUAUCCUCCUUUUCUUUGGUGUUGCGGGCUUAACUUUCGCGCAAGGUUCCCAGAUUGCUCACAACAUCACCACCAAUGAGAUGGCCAAUGCCAUGAGGUAUAGCUACCUGAGAGGGCCAGGCGGUCGGUUCAGGAACCCCUAUGACCAUGGUGUGCACCAGAACUGCUCAGAUUUCCUCAUAAAUGGGUUCAAUGAAGACAGAGAAUACAUUGAAAGGCUGGCUUCUUCUUCAGAGGUUGGGGGAAUUCAAAUGGGUAGUCUUGGCAUUUCAAGAAAUAUUGAAAAUGAGUCUCAUGAUCAGAGAGGAGGCCAUGUUUCUGAGGAUUUGGAGUUAAGAAGGGAAAGAUCACAUGGCUAUGUGAAUGGGCAUGAACAUGCACCCGGUCGUGGCCAUGCACACACAUCACAGUGCAGCCAUAACCAUGGAAAGGUCGAGGCUGUCCCUCUAGGGUUGGGGUUAGGGCUUGGCCGGGGUAAUUCAGGUCAGCGUAAUGGCCAUACAUUUGUACCCUUGUGAUACAGGGGAUAUAUGAUUGUAAGGUCUUGUAACAUUGUUAGUUUGUUUUGGAUUGAUUGGUAUAGUCGCUUAUUCUUCCAUCAUUCCAUUAGUUUUUGCAUUUGUGAUGCUCUGAGAAUGCAUUUAAUGGUACGGAGAAAAGAAUUACUGCUUUGCCUCCAUGUUUGAGUGUUACUCGGUGCUAAGUUAAUGAUAUAGAAAAAAGAAUUAUUGUUUUGCCUC